AGCUUUCUUUCGUCCUCAGCCCAUUGGACUCCUGCUAUCCCGUGCUGUUCACCCAAUUUAAGGCAGAAUGGGGAGGGAUACCAGGAAAAGAACACCGACCCCCCCCCCCCCCCCCCGCCCCCCGGGUCGUGGAAAAUGCAGAUACCCUGUGAAACUACUUUCUUCCCAGGGCCCCUUGGGCUACUCAGGCUGUUCUCCCCAGAUUAGGGAGCAGUUUGCCUAUCUGGUCUGUAGAUUAGCAUUCUUAAUUGGUUUAGGAUUAGACGUCAUUCAUCUUGAACAGAGUUCCUAGGGGUGUGUGGGCUGGACCUAGUUUAAGAAAGGCUGGGAUGGUCUGCAGUGGUGACGGGUCUGGGACACGGCCUGGCAUAAAACACUGUACAAGCCCGAAGGAAAGUCCGAGAGCCGAACUGCUUUGCUUGCUGAAGCUUCUAGAACCAGCGCACUAAAAAAGGUGUGGCCCAGGGCCAGCCCCGCCCCCCAUCCCGGCGGAAGUUGCGAGUUAGUUGCCGGAAGUCGUUCUAAGGCGGGGCCGGGCCUGUGUGGCGGCGCGUUGGGAUCGAUAUGGCGACGGAGGGGGAUGUGGAGUUGGAGUUGGAGACAGAGACAAGCGGUCCGGAGCGGCCUCCGGAGAAGCCACGGAAGCAUGACAGUGGUGCGGCGGACCUGGAGCGAGUCACCGACUAUGCGGAAGAGAAGGAGAUCCAGAGUUCCAAUCUGGAGACGGCUAUGUCCGUGAUUGGAGAUAGACGGUCCCGGGAGCAGAAAGCCAAACAGGAGCGGGAGAAGGAACUGGCAAAAGUCACCAUCAAGAAGGAAGAUCUGGAGCUGAUAAUGACAGAGAUGGAGAUCUCCCGAGCAGCAGCAGAACGGAGCUUGAGGGAACACAUGGGCAACGUGGUGGAAGCUCUUAUUGCCCUAACCAACUGAUUUGGGUUUCCUCAGAUCCACUGGAUUAACUUAUUUCAAUAAAGAUGUCUUUUUUUUUUAA